UAGAACUAAACAACAUUUAUUAUAUUAUAGUUUUUCUGAAAGUAUAACUGAUUAUAAUGAAUCUAAUAAGAUUGGAUUAUUAUCUUGUGUUUCAUUUACGAAAAAAUUGGAAAAAUUACAAAAAUUAUUUGAUACAAACAAAGAUCCUGAAAUUUUGGAGAUAUAUAAGAAUUUGAUUGAAGUUGAUUUAACAGUAGAAGUAAUUGGAUUAACUGGAACAAAAGAGACGAAUAAAGACAUUACUUCGGAUAUUUUAUUAUCACAUAUGGAAUUAUUUACCAAUUUUUGUGAAUUUAUUAAAAAUUCUAAAGAAACUAAUAUAUCAGCAAAUUCAGUUGAUUGGAUGAUAAGUGUUUUUGCUAAAUUAAAAAUUUUAUUACAAUAUUCCAAUGAUUCAUUAAUUAAUAUUAAUAGUGCAUCUCGAAUUAAGCAAUUGAAAUUAAUUUUAGAUGGGGAAUAUUUAAGAACUUUCGGUAGAUUUUCUAAUCAAACGAAUCAAUCAUUAACAAAUAUUUUAGAUAUUAAGAUUAAAUUUAUUAAGAGUGAUUUUAAAAAUGAAUAUAAACCAGCAAAAUCUGAAAAAUAUACUUAUUUCAAAUAUAAAUUGAUCGGAAUUUUGAAAAAAAAUAACCUAAAAUCAGAUUUUGAACUAUUUGGUGAUAAAUUAGAUUUUAUUUUAUCACAAAAUGAAUAUAAUAAUAUUCAUGAUACUCAUGAAAAAACUACUGGAACGAUUAGAAGGAAGAAAACUAGACGUCAAGAUCAAAUCAAAUCAUUAUAUAUUCAAAAUAUUUUUGAAGAUCCCUCUAAAAUAAACGAUGUCAAAUCAGAAGAUACUAAAGAAUGAUAUAGAAAAGAACAAAUUUUGGACGUACCUUGCAGAAUCAGAGUUCUAGUUAUUAUUGACAAUUAGAGAUCAUAUUGUGAUUUAACUAUUUCUUUUAUUUUUAACAAAUUAAAUAGGAUUUUUUUUGUAUAUUUUAUUAUUUAUGUUUUAUUAGAAUAGUACUAGAAUAGUAUAUGUAUAUUUAACAAAUAAAAAGAA